AUGCCUCUGAUUGCAGGAACGGGAAAGCCCAGGGUCAUCCUGGGUACCAUGACCUUUGGGCCCGAUGAGAAGACGGGAGCACGUGUCUUGGACUUGGACACCUACAAGUCGUGCCUCGACUAUUUCCAGGUACAGCUGUCUCUAGCUUUCGAAUUGACUGUCUCUUCUAACAUAUCGGUAGUCCAAAGGUCACACCGAGAUCGAUACCGCUCGCGUCUACGUGGGUGGCAAGCAAGAGGCCUGGUCCCGCGAUGCUGGAUGGCGCGAGCGAGGACUCUCGGUAGCCACCAAAUGGUACCCUCGUCAAGCCGGUGCGCACAGCGGCGAGAAGAUCGAGGAGAAGCUCAACGAGUCCUUGCAAGAACUCGGCACGGACUGUGUUGAUAUUGUAUUAUUUCCUCAACCUCAGCAGCAUCCUCUGGGGUUACAGUAACUGACGCGAACAGUUCUAUCUGCACGCCGCAGACCGAAGCCUCCCGUUCACAGAGCCCUUGAAGAAGUUGAACGAGCUGCACAAGCAGGGCAAAUUCGUCAAUCUCGGACUCAGCAACUUCACCGCGGCCGAAGUGGCCGAAGUGGUCAUGCAUUGCAAAUAUAACAAUUGGGUUCGGUAAGCAAACAAACACAUCCCAAGCCACUUUUGCACAUUUCGAAGAAAAAGAAGAAAGAAAAAAAAAAGCUCACCGAGAUCUCCAGUCCAUCCAUUUUCCAGUGCAUGUACAACGCCAUCCAACGCACCAUCGAACCCGAACUCAUCGUCGUCUGCCGCCGCUUCGGCAUCGACAUCGUCGUCUACAACCCCAUCGCCGGCGGCCUCUUCUCCGGCAAGAUCAAGACCAACGAAAUCCCCGCCGAGGGCCGGUUCAGCAACACGAACCAGGCCGUCGGCGAGAACUACCGCAAGCGCUACUUCCAAGACGCAACCUUUGACGCUCUGCGCGUCAUCGAGCCCGUCGUGCAGAAGCACGGCCUGACGCUGCUGGAGACGGCCUUUCGCUGGUUGACGCAUCAUUCCAGCCUCAAUAUCAAGGACGGGGGCAAUGAUGGCAUCAUUAUCGGUGUUUCCAGCCAGCAGCAGUUGGAAGCGAACCUGAAAGACUUGGAAAAGGGUCCGUUGCCGGAGGAGGUCGUCAAGACGCUGGACGAGGCGUGGUUGGUGGCGAAGCCAACGGCGGCGUGGUACUGGCACGGUGAGCUCAAGUACACCUACGACACCCGAAAGGCGUUGCUCGAGGAGCCACGCCCCUGA